UUGUCCUUGGAAGGCAUAUACCCACUUUGACCUUGUCUUGAAGCUCUGCCUAUCGCAAAGCAUCCGAGGUCGCGCUGAAGUCUUCUACCUAGACUUCAACAAACAGAACAUCAAUUUUUGAAGAGUCAGAGCAGCUACGCACGUAGCUACUCGCAACUACAUCAGCCAAGAUGUUGAACAAACAGGGCAAGAUGGCUGACACGAUGUGAUUUCUCUCUAGGCCGGUUACAUCAACUACCGGAUGAGAGUCACGUUGAACGACGGCCGCCAGAUGACGGGACAGAUGCUUGCUUUCGACAAGCACAUGAACCUUGUCCUCGCCGACACCGAAGAGUUUAGACGCGUCAAGAUCCGCCAGAACAAGCCCGCCGCUCCUGGAGCCAGCGCACCCUCGGGUCAAACGAUUGAGAAGGAGGAGAAGCGAACCCUCGGUUUGACGAUUGUCCGUGGCGCCCACAUUGUUUCGCUGUCAGUCGAGUCAGAGCCUCCCGCGGAUCCCAGUGCGAGACUCGGAAAGAGUGCUCCGGGUGGGAUCUCCUCGACCCUCACCGCCGGCCCUGGUGUUGCGCGACCCGCCGGUCGCGGUGCUGCUCCGGCUCCCCCAUCUCUGGCUGGCCCCGCUGCCGGUGUUGGAGGUGGUGCUCCUCCCGGGUUCCCUGGUUUCCCCGGUGCACCGCCCUUUGGCGGACGUGGAGCUCCUCCCCCUGGCUUUCCUGGUGCGUUCCCGCCCCCGGGAUUUCCGCAGAACGCCCCCUUUCCUCCUCCGGGCUUCAACCCCGGCGGCCCCCCCGGUGGAGCCCCUGGCUUCAACCCUCCCCCCCGAAGAUAGGCUAGGGACGGACAAUUCGAUACCUCGCAUGCAUUAUAGUCGGAGGUUGGAUCACGGAUACCAUUGGCGUUUGGGGAUGAAAGUCAAGAUUACGAAAAUUCGGGCAGAACAGGCGUGUUGUUAGUCGGCCUCUUCUACCCCUGAACAAACCAUAGGUCAGCUUGCCAGCCUGUAUUCGUUGAAUUCGCGAAAGAAAUGGGAGCAUAUGUCUAUUCAGCAGUUUGCAACAAAACCAUCCCGACCAGUCGAUUUGAUGAUUGUGAGAUGGCAGUUGUUUUGCUGAAUGGACAUGAGUGGAGUGAGGGACAGGGCGGAAUGACCCGGCCCUGAGGAUGCCAUCGCGCUUUUCGACUGUUCGAUGAUGUUUCUUACUUUACCAAAGAUCUCCAUAUUCAAGCCAUUUCGCGGGCAAACGCUGCCCUUCCCACCCGCU